AUGGUCGCCCUCACCAUCGCAUCCCCAGGGAAGCCCACCGUCAACCUCGACUUCACCGCCGCACACCCCAAGGACGUCACCGUCAAGCAGCUCAAAAUCGCCGUACAGGCAAAGUUCCCCAAACUGGUUUCCAACAGGCAGAGGAUCACACUCCCAGGCGUUGCCAGCAAGGCUAUAGCUUUGACGGAUGAAGACAAGACGCUGGCCGAUUAUGGUGUUGGAGAAGGGGCCAAGUUGAGGUUGAAGGAUCUGGGGCAGCAGGUUGGUUAUCGAACGCUGUAUCUCUGGGAAUACGCUGGACCAAUCGUACUGAACCCCCUCCUGUUGUACUAUUCUCAUGCUAUCUGGGGACAGUACGACGCUUCUCCCCUUCAACUUACCGUCAGAAACUUGAUUGUGAUACACUUUAUCAAGCGUUUCCUCGAGUCUGCUUUUGUCCACGACUUCUCUCGUGCCACGGUUCCUCUGUCUUUCGUGUUCCGAAACUGCGCAUACUACUGGGGUAUCUGCGGUGGUCUGAUCGGCCUCACCCUUUACCGACCCGCUUACGCUCAACAAGCUCUGGAAGGCACUCUCUUGGGUGACUCGCGUUGGAUCACGUUCUGGACCAUCUUUGAACUCGCAAAGCUGUUGAACCUCAACGCCCACAUUCACCUCCGUUCCCUCCGCCAGCCCGCCGGUCAACCGCGUCUCUUCCCCACUGGUCUCGGCUUUGGCACCGCCGUUUGUGCCAACUAUUGGUUUGAGAUCCUUGGUGUGAUUGCUUUGGUCGCUAUGACUGGGUUCGACAUUGGCACUGUCAUCUAUCUGUGCAUCGGAACUUACUUUAUGAAGACCUGGGCGGACGGCAAGUACGCGAGGUACAAGAGAGAGUUUGACAACAAGGUAUUCCCUGGAAAGCGAUACAAGCUCUUCCCUCCCCUUUACUAA